UGAAUACUCUUCUGGUCUCUGUCAAACAACAGAUAUGUACACACACACACAUAUAUAUAUAUAUAUGUAUAAAGCCAAACAAGACCAAGCUUUUGCAAUGUCUGUCUUAGUCCUAUGAAUCAAAAGACAAUUCCCUCAUCCUCUUCACCAGAAUUCAUAUGCUUCUUGUCUUGAUUUUGUGUCUGUUCUUUCGAUUUCUUUACUUUCAAAGAAAAGGAUACAAAGUGAAAUUUGCAUACCGUAUAAAUUGUACUUAUUUUUUUUUUUCUGAUUGGUAUAUUAUUAGUUUGUAUUGCCACUAAUGUCGAAUAUCACGGGGGACGAUGGGAGUUUCUCUUCGGAUGAUGCCGGGUAUCAAGAAGUGCAACACCUGCAAGUUAAUCAGCAACUGCAACUGCAACUGCAGAAUCAGAUACAUGCUGCUCCGGCCACUUCUAGCGCGACUAACAGUAGUGGUUCUACUGUGCAACAACAGUCGCAGAAGCAGCAGCAACAACAACAACAACCAGUCAAGAAGAAAAGAAAUCUUCCGGGAAAUCCAGACCCAAAUGCAGAAGUCAUAGCUUUAUCACCAACAACACUAAUGGCAACAAACAGGUUUGUGUGUGAAAUAUGCAACAAAGGGUUUCAGAGAGACCAGAACCUGCAACUGCACAGGCGAGGCCACAAUCUUCCAUGGAAGCUCAGGCAGAGAACCAGCACAGAAGUGAAGAAAAGGGUGUAUAUUUGCCCAGAACCAACAUGUGUACACCACAACCCGGCUCGCGCUCUAGGCGACCUAACAGGAAUCAAGAAGCAUUUCAGCCGCAAACAUGGUGAGAAGAAAUGGAAAUGCGAUAAGUGCUCCAAGAAAUACGCAGUGCAGUCUGACUGGAAAGCUCACCAGAAGACUUGCGGCACUAGGGAAUAUAAAUGUGACUGUGGAACAAUCUUUUCCAGGAGGGACAGCUUUAUUACUCACAGAGCUUUUUGUGAUGCAUUGGCUGAAGAGAACAAUAAAGUAAACCAAGGACUAAUGAACCAAAUGGGAUCAAACUUGCAGACCCAAGUGCCUGCAGAGCUCAUGUCUUCAUCAAUGGCGGGCUUAAACCCAAACACCAUUAAUAACCCAUCCAUUGGAUCAGACACUUUCAACACUUUUGACCCUAAAAACCCUCUGAAGUCCCUGGCUCAAGACCUCAUGCCCAUGCCUUUCAAGUCCAUGAACAUGGCAGGGGCAGGAGCUGGCAUGUUUUCAAGCAGCUCAGGCACUCUCUUUGGCGGACCAAGAAGCAACAUUGCAUCUUCAUCCUCCAGUCUCCAGCUCAGUUCCAAUAGUACGUCAUCUGGGUUCAACUACUUCCAUCCAGAUACCAAAAAUGGCGGCUCAAUGAGCCAGCUUUCAGCUGGGUCAGCUCACAUGUCUGCUACAGCCUUGUUGCAGAAAGCAGCACAGAUGGGAGCCACAGCAAGCAACAGUAUAAAUUCUCCCAUGAUGCAGAAGAGCUUCACCGGUAGCAUGGUGGGUUCUGAUCAUAAUAACCAUCACCACCAUCAUCAUCAGAUUCAGGGCCAGCUCUCAUCGGUGAGACCAUCAUCGUCUCCAGCUUACUCCAGUGCAGUUCAGCAGCAUGCUACUAAUAACAGCUCCUCAUACGAUCACAUCCCACCAGUAAUGCAGAAUCAUGAUGAUGAUCGUCAUCAUCAAUCAAGCCACAUGGUGGGAAUCAACGGUGGAUCAUCAUCUUCAUCAACAGGGUUGCUCCCAAACCAGCUCCUGAGAAAAAACACGCAAGAAAUCCAACAGAUUUUCGACCCAUCAGGCAACUGCAGCUCCGCCAUGAACGACAUUGGCAUUUUGACGAACAUGUUCAUGGCGGGUGGCGAACAGAACCAAGGUUUCCCGAAAAACAUGGAGCAGGAAGAGAGUAGAAGUGGGUCAAGCUUGGUACAAGGUGGAAGAGCUGCAUUAAUGGCGGAUAACAGGAAUAACCAGAUUAUUACAGGUGGGUCAACAAGAUUUGGAUCAGGAAGCAGCAAUGGAGGAUCAUCGAGUGACAUGAUGACACUUGAUUUUUUGGGGAUUGGAUCAGUGUCAAGACCGGUAAAUUUGCAUGAACAGCAGCAGAAAAGUUUGGAGAUGGAAGCAAUGAGUCAGCAGAGAUUGCCAUUGAUGAAUCCUUACAAUCAACAACAGCUCUCGCAUGGAGAUCAUUCAGCCAUUGAAAAACCCAUUUGGGAUGUUUGAUUCACAGAGAGAGAGAGAAUUAAAGUAGGCUUCUUUUUUCAAUCUAAGAAAGAAAAUUUUCCUUUUUUUUUUUUUUUGCUUCAAGUUAGAAACUGAGAUAUGGCAAUUAACAUUUGCUGUUGGUUAUGAUGAUGAUGAGCAUAAAUGACAUUUUGAAAAUUCUAUCAUUUUUA